AUGAAGUAUAAGGAGGUAACCGAUGAUCUGUAUUUUUCUUUCGAGUAUUUUAUGUUUUCAAACUUGACAAAGAUCAUAACAAACAAUAAAAAAUGCCAAGUAUGUAACAUAAGCACUUCCAUUGCCUUUAUUUACAAAAAUAUAACCUUUUAUGCCCAUUCUGAGUGUUUAUCUUUACAUUUUUUUCAUCAGUUUUUUAAUUUAAUCAAUGAAUCUCAAAAUAAAGGGAUUAAUGACACCCAAUUGGAUAGUUCGUUGGGAUCUUCCAGAAGCAAUAGAGGCUUGGUACCCUCUACAAACUCCGUAAACGAAAUUACAUUAAAUGGUAAACAGAAUGACUCAAAUUUGAACACAUCUGGCGAUUCUAAAACCAAAAAUACACAAAAUGGUCUAUGCACAGAUGAGAAAAGGUAUGGAAAAGUAAGCCUGCACAUCCUAUAUGAUGCCAAGAUAAGUAUGGAAGGUGAAGAGAAAAUAUGCUAUUCAUGCGGAGGAACGGAUGUUUACUUCAAAUGCCUAGUGAAAAACUGCAAAAACUAUAUGCACUUCAAUUGUUCAGGAAACGGCUACAUCAUCAUUUACUCAAAUUACUCGCAAUUUAACCCACAAUACAUGACAAAUGGAAGUGAAUCAGGACUAACAAGUAGACAGAUGCAGAACAGUAAGGAGAAAUUGAUUAGUUACCGAUUUCUGCUCUGUUAUAAUCACGUAAAGAAUGAAAUCAUUGCACAUAUCAAGCAACUCUUUUUGAACCAGCUGUACAAUAUCACUGAGUUCAACGUGCAGAAUCACAUCCACAAACCAACAAUUAAACCGGCAACGAACAAGAAACAGAAUAAGUUUAACGCUGUUUCAGUCCAAAGCACAACCACAAGUUCAUUUGCCCCAGGAUCCAGCCCUGUCACCGGCUCUGCACCUCAUCCACCAAGACCACACCCGGUUGGAUUGAGCACGAAUGUGGCUAUAAAUAACAUAAUUUAUGAGUACAACAUUUAUAAAAAGUCGAACAUAAUCAAGAACAAUAAGCCGAUUAACAUUAACCAUUUCAACAUUCUCUUCAUCCCAAUCUAUACACAUCGCAACACAAAUACACAGACAACACAAAUACUAAAUUCCAACAUAUCGAACACUUCUGAUUCAUACACUUCAAACAAACAUUUGUCAAGCGCCCAUGGUGCUCCAUAUACACCGCAACCUGAAGAAUGUUAUUCGGAUAUAAUUGAGGAUUUAAAGUCGCUCCUGAACGCAGAAAAUGGAUCGAUGCUCAACGUCAACGAGUUAAAAAAGUUGGUUAUUAACUCAGAGUAUGGACUGCAGAACAUUGUGAAUGUUAUAAGGCAGCUUCUAUACCCAAACACAGCCCCAAAGCUGCCACCUCAGUAUUCUGGAACCAACACUCUACUGGAGGACAAAAUAUACAACCUUGUGUAUAAAAAACCGAAGUUCGUAUUACUCAAACUCUAUAACAAGUACAUUUGGAUGUCAAUUAUUAAACUGUACAAUAAUAAAUAUAAAUUUGAAAAGCAUGUUAUCCUUCACUAUUUGUCAAUAAGCCAAAUGGAGUACAUUUACCUCAAGUACAUAGUAAAUUCAAUUUACUUCUUCAAUACACAUACGCUAAAUCCAAUUAAUGGGUUAAACGGCGAUAAUAUAACCAAUGGCUCUGGCGUCAGUACAACUAAUCCCGCCAACAGAUCAGGAUCAAACAGUAAUAUCUUGUUCAUGUAUACUAGAAAGUCUGAAAAUGACACAAUUCACGAAGAUAUGGAAGAAGAAGGAAAUAGCAGAAUUGUAAGCCUGUACGGUUAUAACUGGAGCAUUAACCCGUCUGCAGGUCUGGGUACAGACGACACUGAAGACGAGGAUGAAAAUUCUGAGAUCCACGAAAACGGCUUCGUUGAGAGGCAGAUAACUUGCAUAGUGAGGUCACUAAAGUUGAUAAAGAAUGAGAUUGAGAAGCAUAAAGUUGCAAUGAAUGAGAGGAUAAGCAAUGAAAAGUACAAGAGCUUAAUAUACAAUAAGGCUGAAACAAACUACUACAUUAACCUCUCAAAUGUUCUUUUCCACUACAACAAGUUUCUAUUCUCAAUCAAAAAGCUAAUUCUACACUACAAUAACGUCGGUUUGGACGAAGAUGAGGAACUUGAUAGACUUAAAGCGUUUGAUGGAAGAAGUGACCCGGGAGAUUCAUCUGAUAAUUUAGAUGGUAGUGAUAGGCGUGGGUCUGAUGUUUUGGACGAAAGUGUUAAACUAAACUAUAAUGAUAACAUAAACCUGGAGUAUUGCUCAGUGUGUUUGUUGAGUGAGUUGAGUCACAAGAACAUACUCUUACAGUGCCAGAAAUGUUUCAUAAGAGUCCACUACAACUGCUAUAACCCUACCGUAAAUAAUUCGAAUAACUCUGUCUCUAAUAACAACACCUCUUGCAUACCCUCGUAUGGCAGUGUUGGAGCUCCGACAAAUGACAAUACUAACAACCAAGUGGGUGAAAGUGUUUUCUUCUGUGACCCUUGUUUGAUGGAGAGGAAAUUCGAGAAUAAUUAUAACACUGCGAUUUGUGUAUCUUGUCUAUCCUCUGGAGGUGCAAUGAAGAUUAUCUACGUCAACAACAACGCUAAGUAUAUACACCUUGUGUGCCUCGCAUUCAUCAUGCCAAGUGUCACAUAUAACUUCCAGACCAACCAUUUCUCACUAACAUCAACCAGCUCGUUCACAAACAUGAAAGUCUGCUCGAUAUGCAACGUUUUGGGAGGAAUUCAGAUACAGUGUUGUUCAACCCAAGGAUUAUAUCAACCGGAUUUCGACAGCACACAACCUGAUAAUUCCCCUAAUCAAACCUAUACUGAACUAAACGGAGUGGAUAAUUUACGGCCAACUAAGGAAAGUAAGGCUGAGAAUAAAAUGGAGUUGGACCAGAAACUUGAUGGACUAGGAGAAAUGAAGAUUGCGGAAGUAAGGUUUAAUGAGGGUGGAACUGCCGAAAAGUGUGAUAUGAGUUUUCAUCCAAUGUGUUGUCUGUUGAGUGGUUGUUAUAUAAAGUACUCUAAUUUAAACAAUAUAAAUAUGUACAAACUGAAUAACACCAUCAAUACCAACCUUCUCCAGUACCUGAUGCUCAAGCCGUUUUGUAUUAAACAUACUACACAAUCAUUCACAAACAAGUUUCUAAACGAACAAUGUGUAAAGAGAAGCUAUGCAUAUACGCAUUAUAUGUACCACCCUGACGGGUUUAAGAGUAAAAAGAAUUAUUUAUCUCUACCAAUAGAACCGAUUUACUCUCCAGUCACAAUAACCAAAAAUGGACCAAUAAAAUCACAACCUAAAUUGAUAAGUAAUAAUAUAUACAACUAUGAGUUGAUGAAUAAGAAGAUGAAGUACAAUGAACCCUAUUUAAUAUCUGUAAUUUACGGUUUGCCAAGAGGUUUAUCGGGCGAUGUAUCAAAAUACGGAAUUUACUCAAUUACACAAUAUCUAACCAAUUCAUUAACUGAAGACGAACAAUAUCGCUGGCUGUUCUUAUAUUUAACAUUAACAGAUAAACAAAGAAUAGAAUUGCAUAGUACAAUAAAUAACAAUUAUGGUAAACCUUUCAAAGUAAAUGUGAACCCAAAGUUCAGAGUCACUUACAUAGAUUAUUAUAAAAAGUGUAAAAACAUAUCCAACUCAAUUAUUGAUACAUACGAAAAAAUUCUAAAUAGAUUCGAGAAUGAUAAAAUUGAAUACGAAUCCUAUGAUAAAGUCCAAGGUAAUUAUAAUUUGUACAUUAAUAAAGAAAACUUAUUAAAUGUCCUGAUUCAACUUAAAAAAAGAUUCAAUGUGCCAAAUAUUCGGCCAAUUUGGAAUAAAAUUGGGAUUUCUGUCAAACUACGUGUAAUUCUGGAUCCAUUACCAUCGUACGAUGCAGAAUUUAAUGAUAAAGAAGGCAUUAUUAACAAGGAAACAUAUAGUAAUGAUGAACCUUCUGUAUUACAAGAAAACCCAGACCAAUUAUUAAAUGAAGAUGUUACUGAAAAAGUAAAAAAACUAGCCAGAGAAAAAAAAUAUGAUGCCAAUUUUGUUAUCACUGACGGAACUCUAAACAGCUGUUACAGGAAAUUAGUACAAUUGAGAAAUAGUUUUUACAAGGAUGUUAUCAGAAACAUAGAGGUGGGGGAAAAAAUUAAGGAAACAUUCCUAGAUCGCUUGAAAACACAACCGCAAUAUUUUCAAAACGAAGAUCAACCGAACGUUAAAAACAGCCCGCGUUUCAUAAAAUAUUUAAAUAUACUAAAGUACAAACUUAAUCAGAACUUUAUUACAUCUAGGAAUAGGUAUUAUAUCCUGUUUGAAGCUACACACGAUUUUCCAAAUGGGACAUAUCUUACAGUUUCAGGAGGUAUAUUUCCGGGUAAACCAAAGUCACCAAAAACCUCACCCAUUCCCGCUAAGAAAAACUCAAAAAGAUGGAAUAUGGCAAGAUUAAAAAGGUGUAUAAUUGAUGAUCCACCAAUAUUGCCGUAUUGCACAUUUAACAAUGUUGGAACUGAAACCGAAGGAGAUAAAGCUGAUGAGGACGGACCUGAUAUUUCUGGACCCGAUUAUAGAAGUUAUUCUGAUAUCGUAGACGGCUCAAAGUAUGAAGUUGUAAUAGUAGGAGGUGGAGUAGGAGGACUGGCAGCAUUCAAUUACCUAAAGUCUAAAAACGUAAACGUAGUGUGCCUGGAGGCUAGAAACAGAAUUGGGGGUAGGACCUUCACUACAUACUUUAACAAAAACGUAAAUAACUCAGGAGAACAAAUUAACGUGGACCUAGGACCAAAUUAUCUCCACUGCAAUAAUUACAUCAUUAAGAACUCCAAGAACGAUAAGACACAAAUUUCCUUUAAUUACAAGAAUGACACUAGUUUUAACUCACAGGUUACCGACUCACCAAAUCCUGAUCAAAAUGAAAUUGAGAACACAGUAAGCCUAGUUCACGAAGUGUACAAUCCUUACAAAGACAUACGUAAUAAGAGAAAGUACAAUAAAUCAAUACUUGGUGUUACUAAUUAUAUAAAACCGCUAGUGGGUGACUUGAGCGGAUACUCAAACUGGGAGCCAACAGUGUAUACCAACUGGUAUAACCAUAAAAACGGUAAUAAAAUCAAUUUCGGAUCAGUAGCUAAGACUAAUUUCAUAGUUGAUAAAAUCAUUGUUCACUCUAACCAACUGUUUCAUCAAUUACAUGAUAAUCAUUCAUUUUUUAAAAAAUACAUAUACAAAGGUGUCAAUGAUAAUUUAUUAACUGAUGGUAGCUCAAAUGGUAAAGAACAAGUUGAAGUCAUUGAACCUGAAAAUUAUGUUGAUUCCCAAACUUUAAUUGCAGAUUCUGAUAAUAAAGAAUGGUACGUUAAGGAGGUUGAAAACAACAAAGUGUUGGAAAUGAAUGAAAUCAAGAGUCUGUGGGACGUGUAUUAUACUGUGUAUAGAAAUAUAAUCGAAGAAUUCAAAAGAAAUAAUAUUACCAUCAGUAAAGAAGAACAAUCACUAUUGUUCAACAUUAUCCAAUCAAGAUUAGGCUACAAUUCAGAUCUAAGAGAAACAUGUAUCUCUAUGUGUAAGCUGCCCAUCUCCAUAUCACAUAACAGUCACGUAGUGUCUUCAUCUUUACAGAAUUUGGACCCUUCACAGACAAAUUUACUAAAAAGACUUAAUAAAGAUGAUCCAUUGGUUAAUUCAGUAUGUGACGACAAUUGUUCUAGCACAACCAGCACCACAGCUAACUGUAGUAGUUUUAGUGUUAGCCCAAAUGAGACUACUACGAUCCAGUGUAAUGAGGAUACAGGAUUGGAUAAAAGUAGUUUGGACUUGUAUAAAAAGAGGAUAAAACUGGUUUAUAAUAGGCUGACGACGCUCAAUAUAGAGAAGUUCCAGGGGAAUUCAGACUCUGAUAAGCUGGUUAUAGACGGCUGGGAGUGGCUAUUUAGGUAUUUGGUUGGAAAUGACAAGAAAUUUAUAUACCUAAACACACUGGUUACCCAAAUUGAGUUGAGAAAAGAUAAUGUUGGGGACUUGAAAAGGGAGGAAAAGAUUGUAGAUUCAUUGGAGUCCGAAGGUUAUGAUGUAAAAUUGGUGUUAAAAAAUAGUGAUAACGUUGUAGAAUCGAGUUCAAUGAUUGGUACAGCUAUUAAUCAAGAUACCAAGUGUGUGUAUAGUAAAUAUGUGAUAAUGACCGUGCCAAUAAACCUGCUGAAUGAGAUAAGUUUCGAGCCUAAGUUGAGUGAAAGUAGAGUUAAAAGUAUGAGUAACUAUAGCAUGGGAUACCAUAACAAGAUAGUGAUGCGCUUUAAGCCUAGCGAUAUCUUCUGGCCAAGGAAUGAAAUGCAGUUUAACUCACUGGACCACAGGUUCCAGUUUUUAAAUUUACACUGUUACGGGAAGAAAGGAUGUAUCCUGGCACAUUCAUUUCCGCCUUUCAGCAAAAAUUUCGAUAAAAUGUCCAAGGCUUCUUUACUGAAACUAUGCCUUAAACUAUUACACAGGAUCUUCAAUGUCAAGAGGAAAGUGUACCCAGUUGAGGCCUUUGUAACUAACUGGAAAGGUGACAGAUACUCAAAGGGUAGUUAUUCAUACCCAAAAGUUUCAGCAAACGAUGAAGAUAUCAUACACCUCAAGUCGCCCUAUCCAACAGAUGAUCCAAAGAUUCUUUUCUCAGACGGGACCUUUGAUACCUCAAUAAGAGCAGCAGAAGAUAUAUACAACAUUGGCUUGAAUAAAAAUGUUGCUGAUAAAAGCUGUAAGUCUGAUUCAGUUGAUGUGAUUGGAGACGAAGUUAAGAGAAAUCUGAAGAAAGAGAUUGAAGAUAAUGAGAAUAUGGAAUAUAGUCUGGACAAUAUACUUAAUAAUAGAUAUAGUGACAACUACGUUGGGAUCCCAAUACCGUUACCAAGUAGAAACCUCUUGGGUUAUUAUUUGACUGAUGGUUCUGAUGAGUUGAUUUCAGACGAUAAUAUGUACCUAGAUAACAGUAUUUUGAACGAUUACUACACAAAUUAUAACUUAGUUGAAGGUAAGAGCCUGGAUUUCAACAGUAAUUAUAAAAAAAUCAACAAUGACAGUGUCUGUGGUCAAACAGAAGUCUUUAAUUUUUUAAGUAGUGAUACUGAUAUCAGUUCUUGUGAUGGUUCAGAACAGGUAGAUGAAAAUCAAAUGUGUAAGAGAGUGUGUAAACAGAACUUAGAAGAGUAUGAACUGGAGUUAUUGCUAAUUAUAAAGUUGAUGUUUAGUGAAAGUGAGAUAAGUAUCGGUAAGAUGUUGAGCAAUUAUGAUAAAAUUAAUAAAAUUAAAACACACCUGCAAAACGGGAAUUAUAACAAUAAAUAUAUUUAUUACUCGAAAGUAAUUAUCGAAGCGCUUUUGUACACUACCUAUUACAUGGAGUAUGGCACCGUUGGAGAAAAGGAAUGUGAUACACGUAAAAAUGUAGAUACUAAUAUAGCUGAAGUCGUUGAAGGGUUAGAGAAAAGGAGUGAAAAGGAGGUUGAAAUGAGGAAUCAGAACUUCUCAACUGAGAUGUUAAAGAAUACAUGUAAAUUAUUAGGCUUGUGGUAUGAUUUCCUUUGCUAUUAUUGUCAAAGAGGAGGGGAAGUGUUGCUAUGCGAUUCACUGAGCUGUAGCAAGAUCUGGCACUAUAAUUGUAUACCGGAAGAGUUUAGACCAGACAACGUCGCAGGUGCAGAAAGUGAGAGGGAAAAGUGGUUGUGUCCAAUAUGUAAAAAGUGUAAAAUAGAGGUAAGAGAAAAUAAUAUUAAUAAUAAAAUAUUUUAG